AUGGCCCUCACCAGGACCAUGCUUGUUCGGGCCACUUGGGUCUUACCCCGCCACGCACCAGUAGUGAGACAAACAGAAAAAUCGGUGACAUUUUUCGCGCGCGCACCGCACCUGCGUGCGCCUGGUAAUCGUAAAAUUCUCAUUGUCCGGUUUUCUUAUGGGAAUCAUCAUCAUCAUCACCAUCACCGCUACUCAUGCUAUCAUUAUCAACACCAUAAUUCUUCUAAGGCUGUUAAUUAUUGUUAUGUGAUCUUUUAUUAUUUCUCACUCACCUUUUCCUUUGUCUUCUUUUGA